UAUGACUUGCAGCAAACCCAGAGAAUGCAUUCAAUCAAAUGAACCGAUCGUGUAGAAACACUGGAAUCAUUUAUGCAUUGCAGUUUCUCUUUCUUGUUUUUGCUUAUUCUUCCCUGGGAUAUUUUGAGUGGAUUCUGGCUAUUAAUCAAGAUCUCGUGCUGCUCGCGGUUUGCUUGUCGUUUUCGCUCAGGAUUAGCAUCAUUCAAGAUAAACGCAAAGCUGCUUCCCCCCACCCACUCUCUUUUGAAAAAUCAUUUUUGGGGUCUGCUGAAGAGAGCUAGGACCCAGGAGACACCUUCUCAAACAGCAGGGGUUGUGUGCUUUCACAUAGCAGUACUGUACAAGGAAAACCCCGUCGGAUCUGUUAUUGCGGGAUACUUGUGAAAUACACAUAGGAUUCUUAUGGCUGCAUCCCGGAUCUGGAAAUUUUACUUGGGGACCAGGAAGAUUUGAAAGGCUAUAUGUAUUCAGAAGAUUUGCAAGCGAGACUCCGAUUCUUGUCAUAGAGCUCACAGACUUCUUCACUUAUCGUCCGUUUUCCUUCCUUCUGAAAAAAAAAAACAAAAAAAAAACAAAAAACAAAAAACAAAAGAACAAAAAACCCCACACAUUUAAAUUUUUCUCCUUUUUUUCUGAUCUCUCCUCCUUCAGUCUCUCCUUUUUUAUUCUGCCUCUUCUUUUUUGCCUCCUAGUAUUUUUUCCCCUUCUCUGCUCUGCACCUGGAUGGUAUCGUCACUAAACAAUCGGGCACUUUGAGAACUAACUGGAGACAGUCUUGUAGGGAAGAUCUGUAUGGAAUUAUCUGCCUUUAUGGUGAACUUGGCAUUUGUGAAUGGGUAUCUUGUUCACAAUAUUAAUUGCUAGCCAAAACAAGAAAAAGAACACGGGAGUAAAACGUGGAUUUUUCUGAAUACGCAUUGUGAUGACCAGCAAUUGCCUUACCGACUGAUAUCCAGAGGAGAAUAAUUUGGAAGACUGUUGUGGAACAGCCUUUAAAAACUGGAAGAUGAAAGCUCCGAUUCCGCAUUUGAUUCUCUUAUAUGCUACAUUCACUCAGAGUCUGAAGGUUGUGACCAAAAGAGGUUCUGCUGAUGGAUGCACAGAUUGGUCUGUUGAUAUCAAGAAAUACCAAGUUUUGGUGGGAGAGCCUGUUAGAAUCAAGUGUGCACUCUUUUACGGUUAUAUCAGAACAAACUACUCCCUUGCCCAAAGUGCUGGUCUCAGCUUAAUGUGGUAUAAAAGCUCUGGCCCAGGAGAUUUUGAAGAACCCAUCGCCUUUGAUGGAAGCAGAAUGAGCAAAGAAGAAGACUCUAUUUGGUUCAGACCAACGUUACUACAGGACAGUGGGCUUUAUGCCUGUGUCAUCAGGAACUCCACAUACUGUAUGAAAGUAUCCAUCUCACUGACAGUAGGAGAAAAUGACACUGGAUUCUGCUACAAUUCCAAGAUGAAGUACUUUGAAAAAGCUGAACUGAGCAAAAGCAAGGAAAUUUCAUGCCGAGACAUAGAGGAUUUUUUAUUACCAACCAGGGAACCUGAAAUUCUUUGGUACAAGGAAUGUAGAACAAAAACAUGGAGACCAAGUAUCGUGUUCAAAAGAGAUACUUUACUCAUAAGAGAAGUUAAAGAAGAUGACAUUGGAAACUAUACCUGUGAAUUAAAAUAUGGCGGCUUUGUUGUGAGAAGAACCACUGAGUUAACUGUUACAGCUCCUCUGACUGAUAAGCCACCCAAGCUUUUGUAUCCUGUGGAAAGUAAACUAACAAUACAGGAGACUCAACUAGGUGACUCAGCCAACCUCACCUGCAGAGCUUUCUUCGGGUACAGUGGAGAUGUCAGUCCUUUGAUUUACUGGAUGAAAGGAGAGAAGUUUAUUGAAGAUCUGGAUGAAAAUAGAGUUUGGGAAAGUGAUAUUAGAAUUCUUAAGGAACAUCUUGGAGAACAGGAAGUUUCUAUCUCAUUAAUUGUUGACUCUGUGGAAGAAGGUGACCUGGGGAAUUAUUCCUGUUAUGUUGAAAAUGGAAAUGGACGUCGGCAUGCCAGUGUUCUCCUUCACAAGCGAGAGUUAAUGUACACCGUUGAACUUGCUGGAGGGCUUGGUGCUAUUCUCUUGCUGCUUGUUUGUUUGGUGACCAUCUAUAAAUGUUACAAGAUAGAAAUCAUGCUGUUCUACAGGAAUCAUUUUGGAGCUGAGGAACUGGAUGGAGACAACAAAGAUUAUGAUGCUUACCUAUCAUAUACCAAAGUGGAUCCUGACCAGUGGAAUCAAGAGACUGGGGAAGAAGAACGUUUUGCCCUUGAAAUUCUCCCUGAUAUGCUUGAAAAGCAUUAUGGGUAUAAGUUGUUUAUACCAGAUAGAGAUUUGAUCCCAACUGGAACAUACAUUGAAGAUGUGGCAAGAUGUGUAGAUCAAAGUAAGAGGCUGAUCAUUGUCAUGACUCCAAAUUAUGUAGUUCGGAGGGGCUGGAGCAUCUUUGAGCUGGAAACAAGACUUCGAAACAUGCUUGUGACCGGAGAAAUCAAAGUGAUACUGAUCGAAUGCAGCGAACUCCGAGGAAUUAUGAACUACCAGGAGGUGGAGGCCCUCAAGCACACCAUCAAGCUCCUGACAGUUAUUAAAUGGCAUGGACCAAAAUGCAACAAGUUGAACUCGAAGUUCUGGAAACGUUUACAGUACGAAAUGCCUUUUAAGAGGAUAGAACCCAUUACACAUGAGCAGGCUUUAGAUGUCAGUGAGCAGGGGCCUUUCGGGGAGCUGCAGACUGUCUCGGCCAUUUCAAUGGCUGCGGCCACCUCCACAGCUCUAGCCACUGCCCAUCCAGAUCUCCGUUCUACCUUUCACAACACCUACCAUUCACAAAUGCGUCAGAAACACUACUACCGAAGCUAUGAGUACGACGUACCUCCUACGGGCACCCUGCCACUUACCUCCAUAGGAAAUCAGCAUACCUACUGUAACAUCCCUAUGACACUCAUCAAUGGGCAGCGGCCACAGACAAAGUCGAGCAGGGAGCCGAAUCCAGAUGAGGCCCACACAAACAGUGCCAUCCUGCCGUUGUUGCCAAGGGAGACCAGUAUAUCCAGUGUGAUUUGGUGACAGAGAAGUAAGGACAUCCCAUUCCUGGGAGUUUGAAAGGAAUCUGCAGUCCAGUGCCUGGAACUAAAUCCUCGACUGCUGCUGUUAAAAACAUGCAUUACAAUCUCUAGAACACGAGGAAAAACAGGGUCUUGUACAUAUAUUUUUUGGAAUUUCUUUGUAGCAUCAGUGUCUUCCUGUUUUACCAUGUCUCUUACCAUUACAUUUUUUUUACUUUGUUUUAUAUGUCACUGGAUUUGUAAAUUUACAUUUUUUUUAAAGAAGAGACUGAUGUGUAGAUAGAAAACCCUUUUUUGCUUCACUAAUUUAGUUUAAGAAUGAGGUUUUAAUUUUCUUUUUAAAUUUGAUUUUGCUUUUAACAUUUCCUUGGGGUGCUUGGACAAAUCUAUCUGACGGGACAAGGAGCACCGGAUCCUCUCUCGGGUUCUUCCUAGGACCAGCUAGGCCAUGUCGGCCUUCAGAGAGCAGUGCAACCGAACGCCAGCAUUGCAUUGCUGUUUGGGAACAAAAGAGAGAGAGAAAGAGAAGAACAUUUGUUCAGAGGAGGGCCCUGCCAGUCAGAGCCCUGAUAUCUCUUCCUUGUCCCCACCUCAUUCCCCACCUCUACCCUUCUAAUGGCAGCAUGAUGUGUAAAACUCUGCAGAGGGUAGGGGUAGGUCUAACUGUCUUAACAUUUAAUUCACUGCUCUUCAGAAUACACUCUAGACCCAAAGUUGUGCUAGUCACAUGACAGUGACCACUACAGAGUGAUCACUACAGAAUGAAGAUCGAAGGCAUGAAAAUGGGGAGAGUGUUGUUUCCGUUUUUUAAAAAUGAGUUGAUGUAUCCUUAUAUAUAAAUAUAUAUAUAUAUAAAUAGAAAUACAAAUAGAAAUAUAUAUAUAAAAGAGCAAAACAAAACAAACAAAUAAAAAAACACACAAAAAUACAAAACAAAAAAAAAAUCAAGCCCUAUAUUUGAUCACUUCCUGGAAAGGCAUGAAUGUGUUUGUGGCUGUUUUUGUUUGAAAAUCUACUUCCUCUUUUCCCUCUAUGAUUAAUUUUUCUGCAAAUGAGAUUAUGUGCAAAUACCAGGCAAGUUAACUGAGAUAGGUGAAUCAAGGCAAGUAAAACUGAAAUUUACAUUGAAGGCUUCCAAACCAAAGGGAAGAUCAGGAGGUGUCAUCAAAUACGUUUUGUCACCUUGUAUUAUACAAAAUGUUAUCUUCUGAAGAGUCAGAAAAAAAAUCUGUGAAGCUUAUUGUGAAGUUCCCUUGUACUUAAAUGUUAACUGACUUGUAUUUACUUUUCAGUGCUACAUUCAGUUUAUGAACAUAAGCAGCAUUUAUUAAUAAAAAGGUGUUUAAAUAAGAUCUCAGGAGGUCAAACAUAUGAAUAACAACACAAACUAUUUUCAAAGUAAAUAUUAUUUGCACAAAAUAGUUUUAAUUAGAUCAGAAAAUACUUAAAAUACUUAAUUUUAUUGUAUAGAAAUUAAUUUAAUUUUAACUAUAUGAUUCUAUCUUUCAAAAACAGAAAGUUGAUGCUCACAGGAAAUUUGUCACUUACCAUCUAGCUUUCUGUUUGAAAUCAAUCACAUAAGCAGCUAAUUCCUUGUCGUGUUAACAAUGAUGCUAAAUCAAUCACAAAAGACCCUGUAGAGGGCAGAAUUGUUAAAAGGAAAUGUUACCUAUGUAGAUUUUAGUUGUUUGUUUCUUUGUUUUAAAUCAAUGUGACAAAACAAUAGAACUUAAGGUUUAUAGAACUUACUUUAGUGAUUCAUUAUGGGAAAUUCCUUCUCAGCCAUCAUCUGUGGGAACAAGUAGUAACUACCUUGUUUGCUUUAUUCCUGCCAUAUCAUAUAUAACGAGAAAACAAUCCUAGUGUUUGGGCCACAAGGCUAAGAAGUUGUGAGUGGGCCACAUGGACAUAAAAGUGUAAAUUGCAAUAGAGGUCAUUGGGGAGGGCAAGGUAGAACUAUGAAUGUAUGAGAUACAAGUACAAACAUUUUGUAACAAUGCAAAGGUUUCAGCAUCUUCGUGACAAGGCAAAGGAGCCUUGGGAUGUGCAUUGAUUUUUAUUUGCUUAAAAAAAAUGUUUACUUCCCUGACAACUUGCCUGGGUCUUCUCUAUAAUAUGUCUUUAUUCUUGUGCUCCCCUUGGUUCUGUGUCACAUUUUCAAAAACCAGAACUGAAGCUACAAGGACACGUAAAACUCUAAGGUCAGCUUUGCACAUUGGGUUAUUUUCAGAACCAGAGAAGGCCAUUGUUUACUUUGUACUAUGGACACUUGUCAUUGGACUGGAUUCCAAACUUCCCCAGUACUCAGAAGAUUGUAAAUGUGGCAAUGGCUUGAUUUAUUUCUUUGCUUUUGCUUUUGGUUUUUUUUUAAGUUUUUAAGUGCACGGUGGGUGUGUGGAAUAAAUGUGGAGGAAGUAAUCAGACCACAGUCAUAUUUUAGGCAUCCAUAGGUGUUAAUUUAGCUGCAUUGGGAGUACAUUUUUUUGUUCUAUUUUUAGUGUAGAUUUAAGCACUUUGAAUAGCAUGAUUCAGGGAUUGAUGGGUAAUAUUUGAUACUCUCACAACUUAAGAAAUUUGUUUUCCUCCAAUGCUUUGUUAUAUUUACAAAUGACAUAAAUGCAAAGGAAGCUUUUAUAGCUUUAGAAACAUUCCUCCCAAGUUUCUAUCCUUCUAUUAGCUCCACAGGAGAACCAGUGAAGAGAACUUAUGGGUUCACAUGUUCUAUGUGUAACAGAAGUUCUAUGAGAACUCACAAUAAAAUAAAAAUACAUGUAUUUCCCCUAGUGCUUAGGUUUCAUCCUUCUCUUUUUGUUUGUUGGGGUUCUGGGGGAUAAGAUUAUUCUAGCUGUAAAAACACAUUUGAAAACGUGAAUGUGUUAGCCAAGCUGGGGGGAAGAAUGGACUUCCAGACUUGGACAUGUGUGAUGUUUGGUAUUGCCUGUUUUUCAUCGAUCACCACCUGAGCUCUGAAUGAUAUAUUAUAGAUUCAAAUGCCCAUCUGGUUCUCUAGUGUAACCUCAACUUGCUGCUUCUGAGCAUCUUAGUCUUUAUUCUGGUGCUCAACUCUUUGAUUAUUUAAUUUGUAUCCCAUCCCUUUGGUCUUCUAUGGGCAGAGAAGACUUACGUAUAUUGUGCUACCAGCUGAUUUAAGUUUAGAUGAAUUCUACGAAAUAAAUUGAAGACGUGAUAAGAUCUGAACUUAUUAUAUUUCUAUAGCUAAGGAUUUGAUUGUUCAGUCAAUAAUUUUGUAAUUAUUAUUUUCCUCAUAGUAUAUGUAUUUGGAUUCUAUCAAUUUAAUCUUAAAUGUGUAGAUUCUGGUUUCUUCGGUACUUCAUUGUUAAUAAAUAUUUUAUAACAAGAAGAAAUAUUAACUGAGAGCCGAUUCCUAAACUCUAAAGUUUGUUUUGUUUAUCCUAGAAUAGUCAUUAACUUUUCAGAUACCAUUCAUUUGAAUUGCAAUUACUAUUUCUAGGAAAACAUUUAUUUGUACAUUGUAAGCUAUUUUCUGAUUCUGGAAUGGAACCCUAGCUCUCCUUUUAAAGGAGCAGUUUCUAAUAUUGUGUUUAAUUUCUUCUUUUUUGUUUGAUAUUUUGCUUAUUUUGUUUCUGAGACAGGAUUCAGGCUAGGCUAUCCUCAAGCUCUCAAUCCUCCUGUCUCAGCCUCCUGAUUGUUGGGAUUACUAGAGAUUUCUUCUUUACUAAUUGCAGUUUAUAUCAUUACUCCCAGAAGAAAUUUUAUUGAAAUUCUAAGGAAAUCAUCAAGGUCACACAAGUGAAAUCACUGAGGAGAACUAAGAGAACACACAUACACAGAAAAGGAAAAUGCCUUAUUGUCUCUGAUCUGAAAUUGUUUGGCCAUUGAUCCCAUUAAUGGUGUAGUUGAAUAGAGGAGAAAUAUUGAGUAGGCUAGAAAUCCCACUACAGAUUCAUAUUCCCUAUUGUGGAAAAUGUUUCCAACCAUAUAUACAGUUAUUUAAAAUAAAUCACAAUCUGACUCUGUAAUAAAAGAAGAAAGUUUUGUCAACAGAAGCAGAGGCUAUUUGUCAUGGAUCUUUCCCACCAUAUUAUUCUGAACAAAGAAAGUAGCCAACAGUUUCAAUUAUCCUUAAUAAUGGGCCUUAUACUUUAGUUCAAGAAUAUCUUGGCCCUUUAAAAUCAAUUAAAGGAAAUAAUGAAUACACGUGAGCUUUCAGAUGAGGUUGAUAAUUGUGUAAAUCUGUUUUCCUGUGUGUGACUCUCAAGACUUCCAGCAUCCAAAAGGCCAUAGAUGUUUAGAUUCAGAGGACAGUCUCGUAGGCUAGUAUUCAGAUAAACUCAACAUAUCUUGCAAACAUUGUUGAGCUUGUUAUUUUUCUUAACUUCAGUCAUGAAAAUUCAAGGGUGACUAUUGUUCUUCUAACAGAGAUAAUUCCUCAUCCAAAUGGCCUGAAAGACAUGGGAAACAUUGAAAAAAAUUUAACAAUGAUAAGUAGUUUACACCCAAAUAAAUGAGAAAUAUCUAUUAUUACUAGGAUAAUUUACUUAUUUCUAAAUUCAUUUCAAAUAGGAAAAAAGCCAAAUCAUAUAGUUUGAAAAGUGUGACUCAUUUCAUUAUUUUUUCUGUGUUUUUAAUUGCAUUGUCUACCAAAAAGUAUUCAAACAUUAGAGAAAGUAACCAUUUGAUGUGUUUGUCUAAAAGAAACCAGUUUUAGCAUGAGAAAAAGUAGAAGUUAUCUUCUUCACUUUAAGUGAUUAAGUUUUUGCUACUUUCCCAAAUUCUAGUAUGACCUUGGAACAAUAUAUACAGUUCUGAAAAGUGAGGCGGAGGUGAUUAAAGUUGUAGUUACUAUUUCAUUCAUUGCAGAGUGAAAACCUAUGCUUUGUGUUAAGAGAAUGAAAUGCUGUCUGAAGGAGCUAUCCAAUCUUACUUAACUUGAAUAAAACAAAAGAAAGAGGAGAGUUAAUUCUACUACUAAUUUGAUAUGCCCUUGUCAUAAUCAAACUUUGGUUAAAUCCACAGAAAAUGUCUUGUAGAAGGAAAUCAACUUUAAUUUUCCAUUCAGUAUUAUGUCUUUUUUACAGCCUCAGCAUGCAAAAUGUUUCUCCAUUACAGAUAAGAUAUGCAUAUAUAUUUAUAAGAUGCAUAUGGCUUUAUAAGUAUAUAUGUGUAAAUCCUUCUGCUCAUUAGUAAAUUUUCCUCUAUUGGCCUCUGCGUUCACUGACAAACUUGUGCUUCUGAAUCCUUCAUUAAAGUAAGUAAAGUUACUUUUGCAUUUUUCUACAGUUUACUUCUCAUUGAUGUAUCUCUCAGAGUUCAUAAAUCUGAAAUUUUCUUCUUUCUAAGAAAAGGAAGCAGUCUAAAAUAUCAAUACACUGUGUUCUCUCCACUACCAAGUAACAAACUCCAAAAAAACUGCCCAUGAACUUCAGAGUAUUACAUGUAAUAUCGGUGUUGUGUAAAUUUCAAUCUUCAUAAUCUAAAUGUUACCUUUCAAAAGGCAUGCUGUGUCAUUGAAAAAGAUUUAAUGUGAAAUGAUCUUAUUACAUAGUGCAUGAAUAUGUGGCAAAGUAAUAUGGAUCUAUCUUUACUAGUCAAUGAGAAGUUAAAUUUGGGGAGAUCAAAUGUGUUUAGGUUAACGUUCAAUUGGGAGAAUGGCUUCUUAAUGUUAGGAUACAUGGGCAGUUGUCCAUACUGCUUGCAGUAUAUGCUCCUGUUACCAAGAAUCCUUAGUGUAUUCUUUCCACCAAAGUAGUGGAGAUGUGUUCUUAUAACUGCUAUUUAAUCACAACUUUUACAUCUUCAGAGUUUGAGGGAACCCAAAUAGGAAAGUGGAUGUAGUCAUUUUCCUCUGCUGGUGUUCAAAUCACAUUUUAAACUCAAACACACUCAGAUCUGUUCACAGUCAGUACAAGUGCAUUUUACAUAGUACUUCUCUUGAGUUUUGCUCAUUCUCUUUUGACUUUGUACAAUCUAGAAUGUAUGUAACUCAUGAGUAGGUGAUGGGGGCGCUCUUUUUUCUUAGAAUACUUACAAUUAUAUAUUUGGUUUUGCUUUGACUAGCAAUAGGAAAAUAGACAAAUACAAGUGUAAAAAUGAGAAAUUUUAAACUCAACUUAUAAUUUGUGUUUUAUAGUCGUUUCAUAAGUCUGUUGCUCUCUAUGAGUAUGCUCUCUAUAUAUCCUGUAAAAAUAAAUUUAUAUGUUACAUAGAAAUUCAAGAAAUUAAAUUAUUUAUUAAGCUACAAGUGUUUCUUCUGAUUUCUACCUGAUAAUAGAUGACAAUAAAUUAAAUUAUGUGUUGUUGGAACAUAUGUAAGUAUGUUUGUUAAUUUAAUAACCCUUGUUACACUUUUCCUUCCCUUUCUUUGGAAGCAUAUAAUUCUUCGACCUAAUUGCUACCAGGAUUGUGAGAAUAGACUUAAGAAAUGCCUAGUUGACUGGGGGGAAAAGGAAAAGAAAGGCUGGUUGAAAAACCAAGUCUAUUUACAAUCCUGUUUUAUCCUUCACUACUGGAUUUAGAGAGAUUUGAAUUGCUAAUUCAAACACUUAAAGUUAUUAUCACAUGAAUGGUCUUUUUCAAGGUUUAAUUCCACAUGUAUUUCCUUUGAGAAACAAAUGAAAGGAAUGAUAACAUAUGAGUCAUUUGUUGAUUCCCUUUUUCUGGAUAAUUUCUUCUUUUAAGGUACUAUUUCCAUGACAACCUUAAAAUAUUGUUCCCUCAGAUAAUAUUUUACAGUGACCAAGGUCUUGAAUCAUCUGUUUUUCCUGCUAGUAAUGCAUAGUAAUCAGAUAUUUUUAUCUGUAAAGAAAAAGGUACAACUAGACAAAAAUACUAAAGACAUUGUGAAAUAAAUACAUAAUUAUCCAAUUUCUUAAAUUAAUUAAUCAAUUCUUUUUCAAGUUAAUAAUCACUUUCCUUAAUAGAUUACCAAAACAUGGGGAUUUCCAUUUUUCAUGUGUUCUUUAGACUAAGCAUCACUUGAACAUAACUGAGUAUCAUGCCUGUAAUUCUACCAUUUAGAAGACUGAGACAAGGAGAUCCUGAGUUUGAGAAUGGAUAGAGGGGAUGGGAAAGGAGAAUAACUUGUAGGAUGUGCUAAGGCACUGAUAGAUAUCUGAGUCUCAAAAUAACUGAAGACCAGAAAAAUUAUUUACUUAUUUAUUCAUUUUGGGGGGGGGCAAUUCUCACUAAGUAGCCCAGAUUUGCCUGGAAUUGGAGAUUUUGCUUGAACAACAUCCCAGCCACUGGCAUUUCAGUUUUGACCAUGUAAUCUGCCUGACUGCUAUUUUAGCAGAUGAUACAAAAAUACAAAAUAUAGUCACUUAAUUUCAAUAUAUUUACUACAUCUUAUGGUCUGCAGAGUGUAGCAACAAACUAUACUUUCUAUUUAAACUUUCAAUCACUUAUUCUUACAACAUAGUAUCAGUCAAAUGUAUUUAUCUCACUGGAUUAACUUAUUUAAUAAUGCACAUGAUUUUAUAGUACAAUAGUAUUGGAGGAAAACUUUAUAAUGAAUUUACCAAAUUUCUUACCACCACAAUGGUGAUAAGAAAAGAAUAAAACUUCUGGGUUUUGUCAGAAGAAAAGAUAAGGGUAAAUUUUACACAUUGGGCUCCGUCUCCUGAAAUCACAGAAAGAUGACUAUGUUUCUGUCUAUGAUAUCUCACAUUUGUAUACUUUUAUUAAUUACUUAAAUUAGUUAUUUCUUCGAUAAUGGCUAUAAUACAUUUUGAAUAAUCUCUCCUCUCACCAUCUCUUACUACUUUCUUUCCUAUCCCUGGCCUCCUCACAAUUCCCUACCAGUUUCUUUCUUAGAUUCAUGAAUUUAGGGUUGGUUUUGUGACCCAUCUAGUUUAUCCAGGUACAUCUGUGUUAACAUUGCAUUGGGGCUAUCCAUUGGAGACUGUGGAGUAACCAAUGGGUACACAACUUACCCUGAACUGGUAGUAAAUAAUGAUAAGGCUCUUUGAGCCCCUCCUCUAUCCAUGCCCAGAUAUUGACAGGCUUACUCCAAUGCACAUCCUCACUGGACUCAUUUUGAUCAAUAUGCCUUCUACUACUACCAUUUUUGAAGUUGUUUGUUUCUAGGUCUAAAGAAGAAUGCAUUAUUUAUGUGAGAUUUUCAUGCUCUAAUCACAUCUCUGAAUUAAUAUUUCAAGGACAUAAACCUUGUUAGUUAAGGUAAAUAUUCUUUUUGUUUAUUUGUUUUUCAAGACAGAGUUUCUCUGUGUAGCCCUGGCUGUCCCAGAACUAGCACUGUAGACCAGGUUGGCCUCAAAGUCACAGAGAUUUGUCUGCCUCUGCCUUUCUAGUGCUGGAAUUAAAGGCAUGCACCACCACAGCCCAGUCAUAAAUAUUCUUAUAAUUUUUCAUGGAAUUGCCAAAUCAAAAACUUCCUAGAGUAUGGCUUUUGAAGUUAUAAAAAUGUCACUCAAAUUUUAGUGACUUCGCAAUUACUUUAGACUUUUCCCACCUAAUUUUUUUUUUUGGGUUUUAGGAGACAGGGUUUCUCUGUAAAGCAGUCCUGGCUAUCCUGGAGCACUCUUUGUAGUCCAGACUGGCCUUGAAUUUACUGAGAUCUGCCUGCCUCUGCCUCCCAAGUGCUGGGAUUAAAGGCAUGUGCCACCACUGUCUGGCCCACCUAAAUUCUUAUAAUACUAGAGCAUUUCAAAAAUAAUAGGCAACAGUAAAUUUCAUUGUGUACAAUAGCGAUUUUUGUUAUUCCUGCACUAAACUGAAGUGGAAAAUACAUCAAUAAAUCAUCACAAUACAUUCUGGACUUUAGUAGUUCAGAACAGCUGACUGUGACAAUGGUAAGCUUUUAGAAUUCUAAAUAGUGUAGGUAUAUGUAUAAUAUGUAUAGACACAAACUAAAACCAUGCAGUAUCAAUACUUUCAAUAUACAUACUACCUUGAACCAACAACAACAAGUUGGCAAGUUAAUGAAUUUCAUAAGAAAAUUGCUCAGUAAUAUUUUUUUGUACAGGGUAAAAGCAGGUCUCUGGGUUUCUGCUCAAUCAACUUUUCUUUAUCUUAACAAAGAGUCAGCUCAUUUUGCUUUCCCUAUAAAAUUCUGUGAUUGUCUCCAUUUCCCACACUUUCCUUACAUGGUAACCCUGAAUUAUUUAUUCAUGAAGAACGAAGAAGGCAAUGUACUCAGCAACUGUCACAAGAAAAGCCUGUGGAAGCAUCAAAGUUAUUGCCAUGAGUAUCCUAUCAUUCCAUCAAAUUUAUUUUUGCAGGACUGUGAAAUCAUGUAUUUUUCAGAUUACAUUUAAAUUAUGUCCUUAAUAAAUAACAUGUCCUCAGCAAAGCCUAACCUUAGAGAUACAAUUACUGGUAUGAUUUUUUAUUUUAAGUUUUCUCUUUACAGACUAGAUGGCAUGCUGCCACUGAUGUGAAAUAGAAACACAAUAGAAUUAAGUAAAUCCACAGCUACACUUUUAAGUAUUCUGCACCAGGAAAUGGCCUUUAUUAAUAGUCGUCUUCAAAACAGGCAUCUGAAUAACAUGCUGUGUAUUACAAGAAUGCUGGGCAUAGGGUGAGAAAUCAAAGAAAGGGGACAGCAGGGAUCUCUGCUCGGGUAGCAUUGGAAAUGUGUAUUUUUGUGUUGCUGUCUCUAAAGACAGCUAUGGUUUAUUGAUAAGACUGCAUAGCUGACUAUGACAACUAUAGUAUACUUAGCAUUUAGACUUUUAUUUUUAAAAGCGAAGGAAAUUUGUCACUAAAUAUGAAUGUUGCAUAUGUUAGCACUAGAGACGGUGAUUUGUAAUUUUGAUUGUGCUUGCCUUAAUCAUUUUUCAAAAAGAAAAAAAAUUAUACAUAUAAACAAAUGAAAAUGAGGAUAAUUGAAGAAUACUGUUGAUAAAUUGGCAAGUUUUGUAUUUAUUAUACUUUUUAAAACAUAAUUUAAAACAGAAUCACAAAGUACACUUGCUGCACUCAUGUAAAAGAGUAUACGUGAGCACAUGAAAACAGCAGUUUGUAUAAGCACAAUAUAUUCCGUGUUGAGACUAAGAACUAAUGAUAACUUUAGUGUGAUUUCUGACAAUUUAAAAGCUUAAAUGUUCAAAGAAACAUUUAUUAUAUGCAUAAGAAUAUUUUGUAUAAUAUUGAGAAAGGUUUAAAAGUGGACUUUAUUUAUGGAGCACAAAUUUUAGGGAAAAUAAAUGGGAUAUAUGUCCAGUUUGUAAAAUGUUUCAUUCAAGAUUAUUAUCUCACUGGUUGAAUGGAAAGGUAUGAUGACUUGAAAGACUUUUGUGAAUUGAACAAUCCCACCAACAAUAACAACAAACAAAUAAAGCAAUGUGAAUAAAUUUCA